AUGAAAGGCAGUAGCGUUGUCCAAGGUCUGAAGUCUCUGGCCGACAAGAUCCACCCGCAAUUGCCUCUCAAUGUGAAGGAGUCCCAGCGCCUACUUACGGCUCUCACCAGUUCCUUCAGGAAGCAUCUGGACGCUGCUCAUCCACAACAUCUGCCCGACGAUACCGACAGAACUAAGGCAAGCAGUAGCUCGGGGAGUGUCUCCAACAUCAGUUCCAGUGGAAUGCGUUCCUCGGGGAGCUAUGCUGACCAGCACUUGGCAUCGGUUCUUACCAAUCCAUUGAUGGUGAAAGGAGGCAAACCAUUAGACUUUGCUUCCGCCAAGAUCGAGCUGGCCAAGAAUCGGCACAAGCAUCCCGUCGACAUUCUCGAGGAGUACCAUACAAAAGGAGCAGCAACCCUUGACAUCGCGCAGCUUUGCUUGCGGACCGCCGCGGAUGACAUCGCACAUCUGACCAUUGAACAAAAGCGAGCGCGGCUUCUAGAACACCAACCUGGCCGCAGAGUCUUCAGAUGGUUGGUGGAGAGCCGACUGCUUGAAAGCGACGUCUUUGCCGACUAUUUUGACCUCAUCGAUCAGGUGACCUACUGCCUGUUGCACGAAGGUCAGGAGCGCACUGUCUGGACCUGGUACAAUCAAGACAUUACUACAUCCAAAGAACACGAAAAGGCCAAGAGCCGCAGCAAUCUCAGACGGAUGCACCACUUCGAUCGAUGGAGAGGGCGAUUACUGCACGCCGUGGUAGAGUGGAAACUCGGUCGAUUCGACCAUGAUGGCAAGACACUAGACACGCAACACGUACACGACGCUCUCGAUGCGUUUUUCAUGGCUUGCGACAUCAGAAUACCAAGAGCCAGAGAUGGCUCUCGUCACCACUACUGGUUGCCACUGGCUCCCGCAGCCCUCGUUCUGCAUACAGAGCUUUCUCGGCCCUUCGCGACCUCUUCGGCGCAACGUGGCGAUCUGGACAUCCGUCGAUAUGAGAGGUUUGCAUCCUUGGUCAGCAUGUGGUCGCAAGGAAUGUUCUGUGAAAUCGAAAAGGCUACUUUAGACCUUGUUCAUCCUGCGAGACCUUCCUCAACCAAGGCUUACAAUGUCGCCACGCAGCUGUUCAGCGAUCCUCCGUCGCCACGUGCGAAAGCAUUCCUUCCGCGAAUCCAAACGGCCUUGGAAGCUAGCAGUGAGCGUCAUGGAUGGUGGUUCUUCUUUGUCCGGACAGUAUCUCUACUGCGCAGCGAAGGGAAAAUUAGUGAAGCCGCCUGGCUGACUGCGGAAAUGCAGCGCCGGUUCCCGAAGCAGUGGCGUUUUGUGGAGGAGAAUGUGGAACCAGAUUUGACAGCGAAGACUCGCACGGAAGAGACUUCAAGAGCAUCAGAUGUGCCAAAAUCAUUGCGGAUUCCAUUUCCGUCUUUUACCUGA